CCGCUGCUGUCGCUAUGUCCUUGAACCAGCCCAGCAGCAGCGACGCCUGCCUGAGCAUCGUGCACAGUCUCAUGUGCCACCGGCAGGGCGGCGAGAACGAAUCCUUCGCCAAACGUGCCAUCGAGAGCUUAGUGAAGAAGCUGAAGGAGAAGAAGGACGAGCUGGACUCCCUCAUUACGGCCAUCACCACCAACGGGGCCCACCCCAGCAAGUGCGUCACCAUCCAGCGCACCCUCGAUGGCCGCCUCCAGGUGGCGGGGCGUAAGGGCUUCCCCCACGUGAUCUACGCCCGUCUUUGGCGCUGGCCGGAUUUGCACAAAAAUGAGCUGAAGCACAUCAAGUUCUGCCAGUUCGCCUUUGACCUGAAGUACGACAGCGUCUGCGUGAACCCGUACCACUACGAGCGGGUGGUGUCGCCUAGCAUCGGUUUGAACAUCCAGAAUACAGAGCUCCUGUACGAAGCGGGCGGAAACUCAGCAGUCCCUCCCGCCCGGCUAGUGAAAGAGGAAUUCAUCCCCGACUGCAUCCACAUGGAGAUCCAGGCUCCUCCGCCGACUGAUCACCCGGGUCCUGGGAUCAAAUCCAGCCGCCCUCCAGGAGAGCCUUUUCAGCCCCUGUCUCCCCAUCAGCUGUCUGAAUCGCCCCAUCCUACGGUGGGCAUCUAUCCGACUCUGCCCAUGUCACCCCCAGGGCCCCCUGGGGGUCCCUUGCUCCCCCUUCUGCAUGCCGAGGGUCUUCUACAGAUCUCCGCCUCAUCGCACACCCCAGCCCGUUCCCCGGCUCCCCCAGGAUCGCAGCAGAACGGCUGUGCCCCAAAACUCCCCUACCCAAACUCGGCAACCAGCUGGACCGGGGCCGGGGGCGCCACAAGCUACUCCUCAGGAGGAAGGGGUCAGCAGCCCACCCCUCCGCCGCCCCCCACGCCGCAGCAGCAGCAGAACGGACGGAGUCACCCACAGCCUCCCCACCAUCACCCAAGCCAUUACUGGUCCACACACCACAGCUCAACUCCCUACCAGCACCCGGUUUCCAGCCACCCCGGCCCUGAAUUCUGGUGUUCCAUCGCCUACUUCGAGAUGGACGUGCAGGUGGGUGAGAUCUUCAAGGUCCCGUCCAACUGCCCCGUGGUGACUGUGGACGGCUAUGUGGACCCAUCCGGGGGAGACCGUUUCUGCCUGGGGCAGCUCUCGAACGUCCACCGCACAGAUGCCAGCGAGCGUGCCAGACUGCACAUCGGGAAAGGGGUCCAGCUCCAGUGCUGUGGCGAAGGGGACGUCUGGAUGCGGUGCCUGAGUGACCACGCAGUCUUUGUGCAGAGCUACUACCUGGACCGGGAAGCUGGCCGCGCUCCGGGGGACGCUGUACACAAGAUCUACCCUGGCGCUCACAUGAAGGUGUUCGACCUGCGGCAGUGCCACCGCCAGAUGCACCAGCAGGCAGCUACGGCUCAGGCGGCGGCAGCGGCUCAGGCAGCGGCAGUGUCCGGGAGCAUCCCCGGGCCUGGCUCAGUGGGCGGCAUUGCUCCGGCUGUCGGCCUGUCCGCUGCGGCCGGAAUCGGGGUCGACGACCUCCGCCGUCUCUGCAUCCUGCGGCUCAGCUUCGUCAAGGGCUGGGGGCCGGACUACCCCCGGCAGAGCAUCAAGGACACCCCCUGCUGGAUCGAGGUCCAUCUGCACCGGGCCCUGCAGCUCCUGGACGAGGUCCUCCACACCAUGCCGCUGGCCGACCCGGCUCCUGUCAACUAG